AAGAGAGCUGGCUAGCUAGAUAGGAAGAACGAAACUUGAAAGCUCAAGCUAUAAAUAUGUGUAUAUCCAAGCUAUAGCUACCACCAUACACACCACUGACCAGUCGCUACACAUCAAAGCACCAGCAAUGGAGACGGUGGAGGCAGCCAUGGCGGAGGAGGAGGAGGCGAAGAAGAGCAAGAUGAGGAAGAAGGGUGGGUUCAGAACGAUGCCCUUCAUCUUCGCGAACGAGGUGGCGGAGAAGCUGGCCGUGCUGGGGUUCACGACGAACAUGCUCAUGUACCUGACGAGGCAGCUGCACAUGCCGCUCGCCAAGGCCGCCACCACCCUCACCAACUUCGGCGGCGUCUCCGCCAUGACCCCGCUCAUCGGCGCCUUCCUCGCCGACUCCCUCGUCGGCCGCUUCUGGACCAUCGCCGCCGCCUCCCUCAUCUACCAAGUCGGCAUGCUCCUCCUGACGGUGUCGGCGGCGAUGCCGGUGUUCCGGCCGCCGCCGUGCAGCGGCGCCGGCGGCGCGGGCGCGUGCGACGAGGCGGCGCCGUGGCAGCUGGCGGUGCUGUACGCGGCGCUGCUGCUGAACGCGCUGGGCGCCGGCGGGUACAGGCCGUGCGUGGUGGCGUUCGGCGCCGACCAGUUCGACGAGUCGGAGGCGGCGGAGCGGGCGCGCACCUGGGGCUUCUUCAACUGGUACUACUUCUGCAACGGCGCGUCGCAGCUGGUCGCCGUCACGGCGGUGGUGUACGUGCAGGACAACGUCGGCUGGGGCUGGGGCCUCGGUGUGCCCACCUUCUGCAUGGCCGUCUCCGUCGUCGCCUUCGUCGCCGGCUACCCGCUCUACCGGAGGCUCCACCCGUCGGGGAGCCCCUUCACGCGGCUCGCGCAGGUGGUCGUCGCCGCCGUCAGGAAGCGGCGGGUGCCGACGGACGCCGACGACGCCGCGGCGCUGUACGAGAACGACGACAUGGACGCGCCCAUCUCGCUCUACGGCAAGCUCGUCCACACCGAACAACUCAGCUUUUUUGACCGAGCGGCCAUCGUCACCGACGGCGACCUGACGACGGACACCUCCAACGGCAAGCCGUCGUUGUCUCCCAUCCCCAAGCCGUGGCGGCUGAGCACGGUGCACCGCGUCGAGGAGCUCAAGUCGCUGCUCCGCAUGGGCCCGAUCUGGGCAGCGGGCAUCCUGGUGAUCACGGCGUACUCGCAGCAGCACACCUUCGCCCUGCAGCAGGCGAGCACCAUGGACCGCCGCCUCGCGCCGGGGCUGUCGUCGUUCCAGAUCCCAGCAGGCUCCAUGACCGUGUUCACCCUGCUCGCCAUGCUCACCACGCUCCUUGCCUACGACCGUGUGCUCGUCCCGCUAGCGCGCCGCGUCACGGGACUGGACCGUGGAAUCUCCUACCUCCACCGGAUGGGCGUUGGGUUCGCCAUCUCCGUGGCGGCUACCCUCGUGGCCGGGUUCGUGGAGCGCCACCGGAGGGAGUCCGCUGCCGCCGCGGGCACCACCGACGCGGGGACGUCGCCGCUGUCGGCGUACUGGCUGGUGCCGCAGUACGCGCUCCACGGCAUGGCGGAGGCAUUCAACUCCGUGGGUCACCUCGAGUUCAUGUACGACCAGUCGCCAGAGAGCAUGCGGAGCAUGGCGACGGCGCUGUUCUGGCUGUCCAUCUCGCUGGGGAGCUACGUCAGCACGAUGCUCAUCUCCGCCGUGCAUCGAUGGAGCGCCGGCGCCGACGGGUCCAACUGGCUCCCCGACAACAUCAACCGCGGCAGGCUCGACUACUUCUACUGGAUCGUCGCGCUGCUCCAGGUGCUCAACCUGGCAUACUACGCCAUUUGCGCUAGGUGCUACUUGUUCAAGCCCUUGCAGCUCCGUGAGGUGGACGAUGAUGCCAAGCCCCAAAUUGAGCUGCAAGAAAAGGCUUCACCUUUGAGUCAUUGAGCCAGUGAAAGUGCAAGAAAAAGGCUUCACCUUUCAGUCAUUGGGCCAGUGAAGAGCAUUGAUGUAUCUGAGAUGCAGGUCUAGCUAGAAUCAAGUAGGUAGGUUGAUCAACUUUGAGGUAUAUAUCACUAUAUGUAUGGAUUUGUAUGUACAUCAGGAACAAACCAGAGAGGAAUGCAUCACUCGAAUUGAGAUAA